AGUAAGGUGAGGGACGGGGUCACAGCUCCAUAAAUACUCGGUGUGGCUACGGCUUUGGAUGGACCCUGGAGGAGUAAACACUGCUGGAGGAGCCUUACGCACAGGAGAGGAGCGGCGACUUUCCUGCAAGCUGACACCUCAUUUGUAGAAGCGCUUACUGCUUAAAAGCCUCCUCGGUUUGCACCGAGAAAGUUGUGGUGCCUUUGCAUACUAUGGGAAGUCUAUGACUGGCAGAGGUAUAAUUUAGUUUUUCUCCCAAAGUGCGAUGUAGUUCACCUUCACACCCCAAAGUGAACUCAAGAUGACAGCGCUUGUGCUCGGACUCGCGUGGAGCUGCCUGAGUUUUCUGUCCUGCGCUCAUUGUGGCUUAAGUGACAACCAUGUGCACUCCAGUUUUAUUUACAGGAGGUUGCGCAAUCACGAGCGCAGGGAGAUCCAGAGAGAGAUCCUCUCCAUCCUGGGCUUGCCUCACCGUCCGAGGCCCUUCUCUCCCGGGAAGCAGGCGUCCUCCGCGCCGCUCUUCAUGCUCGACCUGUACAACGCCAUGGCCGUGGAGGAGGAGGAGGAGGAGGAGCUGGUGGGGGUGCAGCACAAGAGCUUCGGUGCCAAGGCUCAAGGGCACUCCAGGAAGGGUUACUACAGCCCGCAGCAGGCCGGGUACUCCCGCGUGGCUCAGCCCUACAGAGCGGCCCCUCUGUUAGGCCACAGCCCCGCGCUCACCUCCGCGCACGACACCAACUUCCUCAAUGAUGCCGACAUGGUGAUGAGUUUUGUCAAUUUAGUGGAGAAAGAUAAAGAUUUUUCUCACCAACGGAGGCACUACAAGGAGUUCCGUUUUGAUCUGACUCAGAUCCCGGACGGAGAGGCAGUGACUGCUGCAGAGUUUCGGAUCUACAAGGACCGAAGUCAUGCUCGCUACGACAACGUUACUCUGAAGGUCACCAUAUAUCAAGUCAUCAAGGAAUAUCAGAACAAAGAUGCAGAGACAUUCUUGCUUGACUCCAAAAAGGUCCAGGCAUCGGAUGGCGGCUGGCUAGUGUUUGACAUCACAGCCACCAGUAACCACUGGGUGAUGAACCCACAGCAGAACCUUGGCCUGCAGCUCUGCGUGGAGACCGUAGAUGGCCGAAGUAUCAACAUAAAAUCUGCUGGAAUCAUUGGGAGGAACGGGCCGCAGUCCAAACAGCCUUUCCUGGUUGCUUUCUUCAAGGCCAGUGGGGUGUUGCUUCGCUCUGUCAGAGCUGCUGGUGGGAAAAAAAAGAACCACAAUCGCAAUAAAUCGACAAAUCAACAAGAAUCAUCUAGGGCACCCAAAACUGGAGAUUACAACACAAGUGAACAGAAGCAAGCCUGCAAGAAGCAUGAACUUUACGUCAGUUUUCGUGACUUGGGCUGGCAGGAUUGGAUUAUUGCACCUGAGGGCUACGCUGCUUUUUACUGUGAUGGCGAAUGCUCUUUUCCACUCAACGCACACAUGAAUGCUACAAAUCAUGCAAUUGUGCAAACCCUGGUCCAUUUAAUGUUUCCUGACAACGUGCCAAAGCCAUGCUGUGCCCCGACCAAGCUCAACGCAAUAUCAGUGCUUUACUUUGAUGACAGCUCAAACGUGAUCCUCAAGAAAUAUAGAAAUAUGGUAGUUAGGUCUUGUGGUUGCCAUUAGUGGCCACGUAAACUUUAAUUUAUACUAUCUGGUGUGGGAAUUGCUGGAAAACACAUCUGCUGCAGAUGUGAUGUGAUGUACAGUAUUAUGUAUAAAAAGUUUUAUUAUCUAAUUUAUUUUCUUUUUUAAAAAUAGCACUGAAUAUUGUGAUAUUUAAAUGAUUAGAACAAAAUGUUGAUUUUACCGUCAGUUAUCAGUUAACUUUUGUGUCCGUUGGCAUAUACUCCGUCUUAGUUACGUCUGUAUGAUAAGGUUUAUGUGUUAACUAUUCACUGGAGUCAUCAUGAUACAUGAGAUCGCUUCCCCGUCUGCUUGUUUUUUCUCCUUUUACAAUUUGCUUGUGCUGUAAAUGUUAACUGAGCUAAAAAUAUUUACAUGGAUGUCCAAUUUUUUUCUUCAAUGCUAAUUUUGUCCGUGUGCUCCAUUAUGGAAAAACAAUUACAAAAAACUGACACAUACAGAAUAACGUCACAAAACGCAGCAUCACAAGUUAAUUUGAUAAACAAGGGAGACUGUAAUAAUGUCUGUAAUACUGUUUUUAAGAGGCUGUGGGGCGCUCAUUUUUAGAACUAGUGCAAAGGUAGUGCUAUCUUGAGAUAACGACAAUAAGAAACCAAAAUAUAUCAGUCUGUGAUUCCUUAACUCUCCUACUGACAUAGUUUUCAACUAGAAUAUAUACUUCAACAGAAUAAGCAUAUUCCUAAAAUUCAGUUAUGGCUUUUGGUUUUGGUUUGACACUCCAAUACUUAAAGUAGCCCCAUUUAGCCACCACUAUAAAGAAAAUUCUGGGGGCGCCACUGGCCAGAUGAUGCUAUAAGCGCUUAUAUCACAACGUCAACAGGCUGCUAAAAAAAAUCUGAUUGGAUCAGUGGGGGAAAAAAAAGUGAGUGUUCCCUGAUGUAAACCAAACUGCCCAAAGGUAUUUUCAAGCUGCCACUGUCUUUCAGCACUGAUACUGUUUCACCUUUUCCGAGCCAGCUUUUUUUUUGUUAUUUUAUAAAAGAGUGUGUUCACAUACGGGAAUUAUGUCCGUCUGGAAUGAAACUGUUGAGUGUUUGCUUAUGAAUGCUUUGCAAAUUGUGUCAUUUUUUAAACAUUUAUGUAAAUCUCUUCCAUAAACACUGUCCUGUCAUUCCUCUGUGGACUACAAACGUCUUUGCUCCACACUCAUUCCAUCUUAUGUUUGGGGAAAGUAUAUCUUAAUGUAGAGUGUUGUGUAUUUUAAUAAAUGUACCACUUG